AUGAUGGAUUGGAUCUAUCUCAUUCGUGUUAUAAUUUGUUUAUUUCUCAUUAAACAACUUAUCCAUCUUCUAUACAUCAUAUUCAUUUAUACAAUUGGCAAGAGAUUAUUUUCUAAAAGGAAAUUAUUGAAAGAAGCUGGUGAAUGGGCAAUUGUCACUGGUGCAACAGAUGGAAUUGGUAAAGUAUAUGCAGAAGAAUUAGCUAAUGAUGGUUUAAAAAUUAUGUUGAUUAGUAGAAAUGAAGAGAAACUUUUAAGUAUUGCUGAUGAGAUUGGACGAAAUUAUCAUGUAGAGACAAGAAUAGUAACAGCUGAUUUUACAAGUACUGAUGUCUAUCAAAGAAUACAAGAAGCUAUAGAUCAAUUAUCAUCAAUUGCUUGUUUAGUCAAUAAUGUUGGUAUGGGUCCGCCUAAAUUUGAUUAUUACGCAACAACCGAUUACAUGUCUAUAAAUUUUAUUAAAAACAUCGUUUUUUGUAAUACUUUACCUAUUGCUAUGAUGACCCAUAUAGUCUUACCGAAAAUGUUAAAACAACCUACAAAUGGUAUGGCUAUCAUUAAUAUUGGAUCAUAUUCUGGUUAUAGAGCAUUUCCAUUAUUAUCAUUAUAUUCAGCAACAAAAUCAUUUGUGAAUCAAUUAUCUAGAUCCAUUUCAAAUGAGAACUAUGAUCAUCGUAUUCAUAUACAAACAGUUUGUCCAAUGUUUGUAUCGACUAAAAUGAUCAGUUAUUGUAAAAUGUCAUCAUUGAUUCCUGAUCCAAAAAUUUAUGUUCAACAUGCAUUAAAUAUGUUAGGUGUUGAAAAGGAAACAUUCGGUUAUAUGGGUCAUGCUAUUCAAGCUUAUAUAAAUAGUUUUUUACCAAAUUCAUUUCUAAAAUAUUAUAUGUUAUUCAUGAGAUGGUGGAUUAUAAAACAUAAAUUACAUUAAAGUAAUAUCUUAUUAUGAUAAAACAUAUUUGAUUCGAAUGGAAACAUGGACAAUAUUCUUAGAUCUAUAUAUUACCAUCAUUGAAUGAACUACUUCUAUCAAUUCAGUAUUCAUCUUGUUGUGAUGAUAAGGUGUAGUAAGUUGAACCAAUGCCUGGUCCUGUGUUGUAGCUGACUGACUGAUUGAUUGAUACUUAUAACCAUAUGUCUUUACUAUUGCUAUUAUUAUUAUUACUAACAUUAUAACAUUCAAGAACACC